AGUCCCAGCACUCCCUGCGGCACACAGCUACAGGUCCCAGCAGGGCUCAGCAGCAGGACCCCCGGGUUCUCUUAGAGAUCCGUAGUUCGGUCCGAGAGGGCACGGGGCGUGUCGAGGUGCGGAAGAGGAGCGAGUCAGGUUUUGAGGACGCUGCGCAGACGCCACUCACGGGUCGGACGUGACGUAAGGAUUGUUCCGGCUUCGGCCUCCGCCGCUGCCUCCGGUACUUCAGCUGCCGCCGCUGCCUUCGCCGUGGCUCGUUCUUCCUAAAAUGGCGCCGCUAGAUCUGGACAAGUAUGUGGAGAUAGCGCGGCAGUGCAAGUACCUUCCCGAGAACGACCUGAAGCGACUGUGUGACUAUGUUUGCGAUCUGCUCUUGGAAGAGUCGAAUGUUCAGCCAGUGUCAACACCAGUAACAGUGUGUGGGGACAUACAUGGACAGUUCUAUGAUCUUUGUGAACUGUUCCGAACUGGAGGUCAGGUUCCUGACACAAACUAUAUAUUUAUGGGUGAUUUUGUAGACAGAGGUUACUAUAGCUUGGAGACCUUCACUUAUCUUCUUGCACUAAAGGCUAAAUGGCCUGAUCGUAUUACACUUUUAAGAGGAAAUCAUGAGAGUAGACAGAUAACACAGGUGUAUGGAUUUUAUGGUAAGACCUUCUUUUCUUUGAUUCUAAGUAGUAUCUUACUUUUGGGGGGAAAAAUGGCAAUGGAAAUGUUGGUUGGGAACGAUUAUAGAGUGGGACUUAGAACCGUGAGAACUUCAGUAGUGAUGCUGCUGCUAUUAAGCUGUUGGAUGGAAUACUCACAAAGCCUUUCUAAAUUGCAGUUUGUUCAUAUCAACAACUUAAAACUCAUCUGCAGAGCACAUCAGCUUGUACAUGAAGGCUAUAAGUUUAUGUUUGACGAGAAGCUGGUCACAGUGUGGUCUGCUCCUAACUACUGCUAUCGCUGUGGAAACAUCGCUUCCAUCAUGGUCUUCAAAGAUGUCAAUACGAGAGAACCAAAGUUAUUCCGGGCAGUUCCAGAUUCAGAGCGUGUUAUUCCUCCCAGAACCACGACGCCGUAUUUCCUCUGAGGCCAUUGCCAUCCUGCUGGCCCACUUUAUACCCCUCUUUUACCCCAACUUUCUUGUACCCUCUACAAUAUACUUAUUAUUGAGCACUUUGCUGCUGAAAUGCUGCCUCUUGCCUUUUUUUUUUUAAAUUAUCUAAAUUUAUUAUUUGUUAUGGUGUCGAUAGCAAUGUUUUUCUAUCAGUUUUGUCACUCAUCCCAUCCCCACCUUGGACUUGUUUGAGAAAACUUGAGAAAUGUCUUAAUACUCACAUUGCUGCAUGUAGCUCUUGCUUAUUUACUGUUCUGGGGAAACAGGAAGCAUUUCCUCUUUUAAAAAGUCCAUUGACAAUUACAUGGAAAUCCUCAUUUGUAUCAGCCAGCCUUCUGCUUUUGUUCGGUAGGGUUAAGAAAUUUCAGCAGCAAAGUUGUCCAGUGGGCAGGAUGGACUGCAGAUGCCCGAGUCAUGUCCCCUUGUCGCAGCUGUAAACUUCACUGUCCAUUGUUGGAUGAUGAUUUGAUGUUUCAAAAGGGUAUAAAAUAAAUUGGUCUAAAGGGCUGCCCUCCUUGUUGUGUUUUUAAAUUUUAGUUAAAAACUGCUACAGCUUAUAACUUUGUACAUUAAGAUAAUUGUACUGAUCUUUUUUCAGAUUUCUUGUAUUUUUUAAUAAAGUAAUCUUAAAACCCAGAUAGGUUAAGUGUUAGAAAUUUUAAACAACUUACAUUGUUAGCUAAAGGUUACUUUUCUUUUUCUUUUCUCUUUCCUUGUUUUCCUGAGAGUUUUUGACCCUUUGGUUAUUGAAUCUAAAAUUUCAGUUGAAAUUCAAUAUUUAUUUUUUUAAAAUACCACUAAAUUGUGCCUAAAAAACAUAACUGCCAUAGUAACACUUUGAUUUCUAUCCUCUAUAGUAAUAGGAAACAUUCAAUAGUUGUAGCGCUGAUGUGUAGAUUUGAUGCCAGUUGAGUAGAAUGUGUUCAAUCCAGUUUACACUCUCCUGGGUGUCAUCAAGUAAAUGAGUACUUUUCAGUAGCAAGCAUUCUCUCGCUGUAACCUUUGACCUUAACUUUUACAAAGUAUUCAGUUUUUAACAGCAACUUUAAAGGCUGAAAUAUCAGAACCCUUGUGUUUGUGAACUGUAAUCUGAAGCAGAUUAUUUAAAGGGAAAAAAACAGGCGGUUUGCUUGUGAAGGUCUGUUAUGCCAUAUUUCAGCUUUGUGUGUGUAAUUUGACUAUCUAAAGGGUUAUGAUGAUCAGUUCUUGAUAUGUAAUUGUCCACUUAAUAAGGACAAGUAUAUCAUUAUCUCUUAUGACUGUUGUCAUAGAUGACUUUAGGAUGUACCAUCUUGUGAAAUUUUUGGUAUCCCUUUAUAGUGAUAAUUAUUUUUUGUCAUCCCAGGAAAUCCAUGUGAAGCAAUUGAUUAAAGCACUUUAGCAUCUGUUCAGGUAGUUUUAAAAAACAACUUUUCCCCUCCAGGAUAAGAACUUCCAGGUUACCUAAAAAUGCAAUAAAAAUCUUAAUAGUCUAAGCUUCUUGGCAAAUACUAUUUCAUCAGGGUUUCUUUUACUGAAUGAGCACAAUAUUGUUUUGAUUUUAUUUGUCCCUAAUCACCCAGCCCCUUGUACAGUUUUUAAUUGUGUAGUCUAUGAAAGAAGUGACUGAGACAUUUGCUGCACACACUUGAACUAAUGGUGGGUCAGUAGCUUUGUGUUACUUUCCUAACCCCAGUGUAAUUCAGGUGGAAAGGUAUUUUUAUCUCACAGGAAUAUGUAGCUAUGUAUUUUAUUAUUUGUGAAACACUGGAAUUAAUGGUGCAGACAACUUGAUGUGGUUUUUGAACAACUCUGCAGUAUUUUCUUGUUUGUGUUACCAUAAAUUGUAUUGAAGUGCUUGCCCUCCACUGCUUUUAAGUUGUACCAGUAAAAUCAGUAACUCAGUCCACUCUUUCUGCUUCACACUCCUUAGCUUAGGUUGGUGUGGUUGUUUUUAUUCUCCUUUAAUGUGACUUAUUUUCAAGUCACGGUGUACUGCUUUUGUUUGUCACUAGCUGGGCAUGUGCCAAUAAUAUUCUUCCAUCCCUUAACUGCCAUCUCUGUUUUGCCUGACUUUUCUUCAACUGAACAAUGGCUUUGAGGCAUGGAAAAAGUAGUUUUUCUAUUAGACUUGUGAAGGAAAGAAAGAGUGAAUGUAUUGGACCUUGCAAGCCUGAAAAAGAAUAAUUGGAUCCCUCUACUAAACAAGGGCUAUGUAUUUAUUAUUCAGAGUAAUCAUGUGAUGAGAGACACUUGCAAGCCAGAGAUCUGAAGUGGAGGGAAUCUGCUACUCCCUGUGUCUAGGCUGAAUGUAAAAUACCCUAUGUUGUACCAAUGGGGCUAAGAACUAUUUUUAUUUGACUGUGAUAUACUUGGUUUCUAAUAAAGUGUCCUAGGCUCCAGUGAGAACUGUCUACU